AUGCGUUGGAGUCGUGUGGCAAAGCACAACCAUGCCGGUAACGAACGUGAGCUGCUCACGUGCUGCCAGCAACAUAUGCAGCAACAUGACAAAGUAGCAAAACCGAUUAAGGUGAUGAUGCAAGAAAAAGAGGAACCAGCUAUUGUUACUACCGAAUCGAAAACUCUUGUAUCAGUUCGUAUCGUGUCGGCCGACGAGGAACUUGUUGCAGCAAGGCUUGACACAUUACGAAACGAGUACGCAACAUAUUUGCAGAUGCUCAAGGUUGGACUCCCGCGAGUUAUUGUUGAUCACAAGAUACGGGCUGAAAACAAGGACCCGAUUGUCCUGGACGAGCUUAUCGCAACGACACCAAAGGCAAAAAAGGUGCCAGCUCCCAUUGAAAUACCAAAACCAGUGGAGAAUGAAGAUCCUGAACACUUACAAAAGGUCGAGUAUUUCCAGCGGAUGAUUAAGGUUGGCGUCCCGCGUCACGUAGUAGAGUUGAAAGCAAGUAAAGAAGGUGUCGAAUCGGCCGAGCUGGAUCAGCAAAGCACUCAUACUGAUCUAGUACUUAAGCCUACCGGUGACACUGACAUUUCCUCAUCUGCAACUCUAGGCACUCGUUCUAGACGCUCCAGUAUCAGUUCUAUCAUCUCUACUGCGCCCUCGACGCCUGACGCAUUGUCAGCACGAUCUACCGCAACCAUGGCAACAAGUAAUGGCCGCACAUUGGCAAUGCUGGCCAUUCGCAAGAUGAACACUGGUAUGCGAAAGAAACUGCACUGGUCUACAACUCCGUACACAGGGGCAAUUGUUCCUGCUCAACAAGACUCACUUUGGAGCCGAGUUCGCAUAAAGGCACAGACGGAUGGAGUCUGUAUCUCAAGUGAAAGCCGCCGUUGGAUGGAGAAGCUUUUUGUUAAGGUUGUUGCCAAAGUUAGAGCCGGCCAGAGACGACGUGCUACUAGUGGGAACAAUACCUUGCCUCGAAAUCAGUUCUCGUCGCGAUAUUCUGAACUGGAAGAACGUCAGCGUGCAAAUUCCGAUCCAGCGCUUUUUAGUGACGAACAAGACGAGGUAGAGUAUGACCUCGAGCCGGAAGAUGGGGAGAUGGAGCAAAAGGUAGCAAGAAAUUCUGGACACGCCUUCUUGCGACGCAAAUUGUAUGUUGUGCUCCUUGAUCACAAGAAGUCCCAAAACAUUGCUAUUGUGCUUGCGCGAGUGAAGCGCAGCUUUACGGAGCUCACACACGAGAUUUUGACGUUGAACUGCAACGUCUUGUCCAGUCCAGCGUUGCAGUCACUGAUCGACAUGUGGCCAGAUAGCGCUGAGCAAGAAGCCAUUGACCAGUUCAGUGGCGAUGUCUCAAGUUUAGCUACGGCCGAACAGUUUUUGAUGGUAGCUCGAAAAGUCCCAAGACCACAGCAAAAGCUACGCUGCCUUCAGUUUAAAAUGGAUUUCACUCUACGGGUCGAUGAACUUCGUGAGAGCUUAGAGCUGUUGAUCCGCGGUAUCCAGCAAGUGUGCUCGAGCAAUCGCUUUGCUGGGGUGCUAGAGUAUAUAUUCCAUUUGGGCAAUCUGCUUAAUUUUGGCGAAGGGGUGGAGUACACAGAAUGGGUAAAGAGCAUUUCCAUCAGUUCUCUUGCAAAGCUGUCGUUCACGAAGGCAUACGACGGGCGGAUCUCAUUCCUACAGUACGUGGUUCAGUCUGUCGAGCGCGAUGAGCCACACCUCGCCCUGUUUUGUAACGAACUAUUUCUGAUUGGCAAAUGCAGCAAACUAUCCGUCCAAAGUCUUGUCGCGGAAUACCACUCACUCAAGGGUGGACUACGCAUGCUGAUCAACGAGACACAGAUGACAGCAGUGUUGGAAACUGAUGACAACGACCUGCGUGUGGAUUUGGUGCAAUCACGGGAAAGCAUGAAAAUGUAUGCCAUGGAGGUCGAGCAGGUGCUUACCGUCAUGCAGCUGCUAGUCGAUGAACUAGAGAGAGAGCAAAAACAUUUUUUAAAUUACUUUGAGGAAGAAGACACCUUGCCAAUUGAUGAGCUUUUGGGUUUCAUUGCCAGUUUUGCGGAGGAAUACACACGUGAACGCCAGCUGCUUCUUUCUCGAGCACGCCGGACGCAAAAGGUCAAUUUUCUUCCACAAAAAACACCAUAG